UAGAUGGAUAAGAGGGGAUUGAGAAGCCACGGUUGGUUAUCCAGUCUGCGGCAUGGAAAGCGGCUAGCCAGAGCGCGCCUGCUUCAUCCUCCCCAAGUCAUCCACCACCACCAGCCCAGCCAUCUCAUUUCCCACGCCGCCCCAGCCGAAAAAUGGCUUCCUUGUCAUCGUUGCCUGCGCGCGCAAGACGCCCAGCUGAUCUUCCUUGCUCCUUCACAGAGAAGCGAGCACCGCCCCCACCCUUCUCGGGUCCUUCAUCAAGGGCGUGCAUCUGCCGGAAGAGGCACCUGUCCGUCCUCUGCCUCCAGAAAUCCCAGACCGGCCACGAGGCCCUCUGCAGCUUCCAAGAGUGGAUCAGAGAUAAGGGGCUUAUAUUCCUCCCCAAACAGAACAUAGACUCUCCAAUGUACCGGUUCGAGGAGGAGCUUAGUGAGUUAGAAGCUGAACCAGCAAAAACAACGAUGAAGCACGUCUUAGGCAAAGGAGCUUCGAUGCCAUCCAUGGCGGACUUGAUAUGCAGGAGCAGAACAACUAACCGAGAAACCUCCCCAAAGAAGACCAGCGUGAUCAAGUCCAGCUGGGAAGGAUCCAUAAGCCGGCGGGCCAUUAUGACCACGAUGCCCAUUAUGGGAACGUGCCUGGCAGGUAGGCAGGCACUGGCUGAAGAGUGGGGGACGCAUUCGCUCAUACUGGAACGAUUCUUCCUUCCCGACCUUUCUCCAGAAAACUCAGCUGCUAGGAUUCGGCAGACAGCACAGGGGAUGCACGGGCUGAGGCAUAUGUUGGACACCAUGUCAUGGAGGUACGUCAUAUUUUAUAUUCGCCAGAAGGCCUCCUAUCUCUCCUCAGAUUUGAAGAACGCAUUGGCGACCUUGCCCGAGAAUCGCCGGCAAACUUACAUCAGGACUGCCAACGAGCUGGUUGACAACAUGUCAGAGCUGGAUUACUAUGUGCGCACGCCAAAGGUGUAUGAGUCCUACUUAUUUUAUGAGAAGACACUGAAGUCGCUAGAUGACCUGGUGGCUCUCCUUGCCUGAUGAAUCUUCAAACUGAACUCCAUGAAAUGAUUCAGCAUUGUGCGUCUAAAAAUUUGCAGGUGCCUGUUCUCUCUAAGCAGGGCAAUGUAUUUGCGCUCUCUAUAAGAUUCAUUAGCUUAUGUAUUUUUUUUUUGUAUUUAUUUAACUAUAAUUUUGUAUCUCUAUCAUGUUCAAUGAAUCAAGCAUAUCAAUAUGUACCAACAAGUUUGAUAA